AUGGAACCAGAAAGAAGAAUUACACGAGGGAUGAGUAGGGAUGGAGACAGGAUGGAGGAGAACGAGAGGAGAGCAUUGGAGGAGCUUAGCAGAGCAAUGGGACAGGACCUUGGAGUGGAGGAUAGUGUGGGGGGAUCAAUUCAAGGAGAUGAGUUCGUUCCACCGGUGCCUUCUAACCCUCCUUCUCCUCCGCCUAAUGCUCUCCCACCUGCGGGAUCCCCACUUGGAUCAGACCAAACCCCACGCCCAAGAGAAAACACUGGAAGUACGGCGAACUUGGGAGAAGAAGGAACACAAGGGGUGGUGUUGGCCCUGAUGCAGAUGGUGGCGAAUAUGAACAAAGACAUGAUGGAGGAGAGAAGGCGUAGGGAGGAAUGGGAACAGAGAAGAGAAAGGGAUACAAGGACGGAGAAGAAAGAAGAGAAGAAAUGGGAAAAGGGGCAACCUUCGGCGCAGGGUGGUGUCCAGGCGGCUAUGAUGUCGACGGUGGUAAAGAGUACACCACCAAACAUCGACGAAGUAAGAUGGCCUAGGCCGAGCUCCGAUCUGAGGGAGACAAGGAGGAAGGAGGGGAAGUGUACCGAGUGUGGUGAAGCAGGACAUUGGCUGAAGGAAUGCCCUGUAAGGGAGGCUAAGGUUAAGGUUGGACUGUUGCCUCCAUGGGGGGGGAAGUUCGGAGAACGUGGUGGAGGAUCGGGAGGGAACGCAGUACCUCUCGGACAGAGGAGGAACUUGAAUGCGGUUGGAGGAGAAGUAGAUUUGGAAGAGGACCAGGGAAAAGAAGAGGACCUGUCGCAGUAG